GUCAACCUGAGCUUUGGCGAGUCUAGCGACAUUUGCUGCAAUUUCGCGUCAUGACAUGGGCGCGAUGAGGCGGGGUUUUCUCACAGGAGCCGGCGCCACACCUGACAUCCUUAGCAACACUGUCCAUGCCCAAUCAUUCCAAAACGAAGAGAACCGCUCUAUCCUAAAGACAUUUGCAUAGCGCCACUUGCAAUCUUGUGUUGCGCUGCGGUUUUCUAAUAGCUACCCACGUAAUCUAGCCACACAAAGCGCUUCUUAGGCUUCAGUGCACAUAACCUAGCUCAAGGGCGGUCGCAGGGCUCAGACACGCAAGGACUGCACACGCACGCCAGGCGCACGUACGCCUCACGCACCUUGCAGCUCUCUUGCCCGCCGCCAUGAAGAUCUACACGCGAUCUGGGGAUGCGGGUCAGGCCUCACUGUUCAAUGGCGAGCGGCUGUACAAGGACGACGACGUGUUUCAGGCGCUUGGCGACGUGGACGAGCUGAACUCGGCGCUGGGGGUGGCGUCGGCUUUCAUCACAAACACAAAAAUGCUGGAGCAGCUGGAGACAAUCCAGUCGCGGCUGAUCGACGUGGGCAGUGCGGUGGCCACCCCCCUACCCACCAGCGAUGAGGACAAGCUGCAGCGCACGCACUUCGCGGGGAAGGAGCACACCGAGCAACUGGAGGCCUGGAUUGACGCCAUGGAUGAGGACCUGCCCAAGCUCACCAAGUUCAUACUGCCCUCGGGCGGCCAGGCGGCCGCGUGCCUGCAUCACGCUCGAUCAGUGUGCCGGAGAGCUGAGCGCAGUGUUGUGGUGCUGUCGCGGAGGCAGGCAGUCAGCAGUGAGGUCAACAUGUACGUCAACCGACUGAGCGACUACCUGUUCACGGCCGCACGACACGCGGCCAUGACGCAAGGGGCUGUGGAGAAGGUCUACCAAAAGGCGCGCAGCUGAGGCACAGGAGGCGGUGGCAGAUGGAAUUAGCGGCAAGGGCUAGCAAGGUGGCAAGUGUUGAUUGGCUUGGAGGGUGUGAAGCCACGGGUUUCUUAGGAGGCACAUCAGGCUGAUUCAGGCACACCAGCGAGGCGUCUGUCCACAUGACAGUGGGUUCAUUCAUUCCUGUAGCUUCAGCCAAUGCCAAGUGCGGCGAGAUCCGGGAACAGGGGCCACACACAUGUACGCCGGGGCCUCAGGCAGUUGUUAUUUGUCGGACCAAGCAGCCAGGUUCAUCACCAAAGUGCGUGUCAAAGCCCAGUGUGUGGGGGGCCUCGCGCCGGGCGCGUAGGCAGGAAGUGCAUAGGUACAGUGAGCUAGCGGAUUUCGAGAUGUAGUCUGAGGGUUAUACAGCUGCCACGGUUCGUUUGUUGCGGGCAUUACGCACGGGCAUUACCGCCGCCAUUACGCUGCGCGAUGUCAACCUGUCAUCCUUACUUCGCCUUUGUACUGGUAACGCUCGAUCCAGGCUCCAGCUAUUUUGGCAAGGCA